GCAUCCGCUUCAGGGUUAAGUACGCGUUAACUAUGCGUUCGUAAUGUUAUUUUGUGUACAUGUGCGUACAAAUCAUGUGUAAAGAUUUAUAUAUUUUACAAAUGUAAAAGAUGUAAGAUAUUUGAGAUAAAAGUUAGAAGUGUGGAACCAUUGAAAAGUUAAAACAAGCAUAAUGUUUAUACUUGCUGAUUUAAAAGACACGGUGAGGACACCGCCAAGCAGCUUCAAAGAGAAAUUAAACGAUGUGAUCGCGGAUGAAUUGAAUAGAAAGCUUGUUAACAAAGUGUACAUAAAUGUAGGCCUUUGCAUUAUACUAUACGACAUCACAAAAAUCGAAGAAUCCCACAUUUUCCCAGGGGAUGGAGCUUCUCAUACAAACGUAUCGUUUCGUUUUGUUGUGUUCCGUCCAUUUAUGGAGGAGAUAUUAAUAGGAAGAAUUCGUAGUUGUAGCGCUGACGGUAUACAUGUCACAUUAGGAUUCUUUGAAGAUAUAAUCAUACCACCUCACAAACUACAACAUCCAUCACGUUUUGAUCAGAUGGAUCAAGUGUGGGUAUGGGAAUAUAAGACUGAUGACGGAGAAACACACGAUUUAUUUAUGGAUGCAGAUGAGAUGAUCAGAUUCCGAGUAGUGAAUGAGAUCUUUACGGAAGAGUUACCCAAGCCACCUGAUGCAGUUGAGAAGCAAGAAACCAAUCCCCCCAAUAAGAUCCCACCAUACAUUUUACACGGAUCCAUUGAUGAACCAGGUCUAGGUGUACUUUCCUGGUGGGAAAAUGCAUAAUUUGUUUUAUAUAUUAAUAAAGUCUUAAGAUAAACAUAUUAUUAAAGUGCUAGAUUUAGUUUGGUCAAUAAAUUUUUAUUUCACAGCA